AUGAGCUGGGAGAAUAGCUCACUCUUGAUGGAGUUUGUGUUCCUGGCCUAUCCCUCCAACCCAGAGCUGUGUAUACUGUCCUUUGUUGGAAUCAGCCUGGUUUAUGUGUUUAUCAUUACUGGGAAUCUCCUCAUUGUGAAGUCCAUCCAGACAGACGCUCGUCUACACACGCCCAUGUACUAUUUCUUGGGCAGCCUCUCAGGAGUAGAGAUAUGCUACACGGCUGUGGUGGUGCCCCAUAUGCUGGCCAACACCCUACAGUCAGAGAAGACAAUCACCCUCCUGGGCUGUGCUGCUCAGAUGGUUUUCCUCAUUGGGCUUGGCAGUGCUGAUUGCUUCCUCUUGGCUGCCAUGGCCUAUGACCGAUACAUUGCCAUUUGUCAGCCCUUGCAGUACCCUCUUAUCAUGACCCUGACUCUUUGUGUCCGCCUGGUUGUGGCAUCUGUGGCCAUUGGCUUGUUCCUAUCUUCACAACUGGUAGCCUUCAUCUUCUCUCUGCCAUUCUGCCAGGCUCGGGGUAUCAAACACUUCUUUUGUGAUGUGCCACCUGUCCUGCCUCUUGUGUGUGCCAACAGCCACAUCCAUGAGCAGUCAGUACUGGUGGCAGCCACCCUAGCCAUUGCUGUGCCUUUCUUCCUCAUUGCCACUUCCUAUGCCUUCAUAGUGUCUGCAGUGCUCAAGGUCCACUCAGCAGCUGGCCGCCGCAGGGCCUUCUCCACCUGCACCUCUCACCUCACUGUGGUGCUGCUUCAGUAUGGCUGCUGUGCCUUCAUGUACCUGCGUCCUAGUUCCAGCUACCGCCCCAAGCAAGAUCAGCUCAUCUCAAUGGUGUACAUAUUGGGAACCCCACUGCUCAACCCCCUCAUCUACUCACUGAGAAACAGUGAGAUGAAAGAGGUCAUAGGGAAAGUUUUAACCAGGAAUUGUCUCUGCUAUAAAAGCUAG